UCCUUUUCAUCAACCGCCAAAUAAAUUUACCAUCUCCAAAAUAAACAAAUGACCACCAUAAUUCAAAUUCAGUUUCCUUUCCCAUCGUUCGCCAAAUUUUGCCUCCGUCUUCAAAAAAGUCUCUGAGAUUCGUCGAUGGCGACUUCGGGAUCAAGCCACAGUCCCUCCACAGAUCAACCUCCGCCAUCUCUCCCGAAUUUAGGGAGUGCUGCUGGUGUUUGUAUAAUGAGCAAUGCGUGGAAGGAUGAGCAGCACCCUUCCCUGAUCAGUUUCAUAUCAGCGUAUCUCAGCUCAAACUCUUUGAGGCUUAACUUUGUCUCCAUCUCCCCUGAUCUGAUCUUCAAUUGUGGAGGCGUGUCUAUUGCUUUUGUUUUUGUGACAAAGUGGGAUGAUUGUUGCAAUGUUGGCUCCUUCUUCAACAGAGUCAAGAGGCUGAAAACGCAGUUUGCGCGACUUUACGUUGUUGCCACACUUUCAACUAAAGAACAGAAUGAUUCUUUCAUAAGAUCUUACUUCCAAUAUGAGAUGGAGUUUGGGAAACCUGCGUUUGUACUAGUCACUGAUGCUGAGAUGGGAUUCGAGAAGAUUGUUAAGUUUUCUCAGUCUCGCGGGAUGUGCAAGCAACAGAAGGUGGCGUCUAAGGUCAAGGUUGAGAGAAAGCGAGCUGUCCAGGAUACAGACACGUUCAUCAGAGUUCUCACAUCCAUACCCAACAUUGACAAACAUGAUGCAAACUCGCUAUACCAAGCUAUCGGUUCAAUCGACGCAACCGCUAAAACAUCCAAAGAAGACAUACUAGCAAACACAGAUCUCUCAGCCGACAAGACUGAUAUCCUCUGCAGGUUUUUCCAGGAUCCCGAGUUCUACCUCAGUCCCAGAUUCAACUGAUGACUGCGAAAGCAACUUUUCCGAACGUACCACUCAAGGACUUCAUACUUCUCUGCUACAAUUACAAUACAUGCUACAUGAGCCACUACCGGGUAUGUUAAAUGAUUCACUUCUUCACCUCGGUAACAAUAACAACACGGGUCAUCAAAUUUUAUAGUAAAGUUAGCCUAGGUCUAUUAAGAUAAUGUCCAUUAGACAACCAGUGCAAAUAAUGUUGAUGGUACAACGUCAUUAUCCAACUUGUAGCGUCAUGCCAUAUCAGUAAAAAAAAUGAUGAUUAGUGAA